AUGAGGCUGUGGGCCGUCCCGCUGCUCGCUCUGCUCGCUCAGACUUUUGCUGCAGAUGAGUCCUGCAUGGAUCGCUGUGAGGAUGGCUUUGACUCAAAGAAGGAGUGCCAGUGUGACUCCAUGUGCAAGUAUUACAAGAGCUGCUGCUCUGACUUUGAGGUCACCUGUGGCAUGACGACUCGAGGAGACACCUUUGUGUUUGCAGAGGAUGAUGAUGAUGGUGGUGAGCUGUUUGAAGGUACCACUCCCUCGCCUCCAGCAUACAGCCAGUCUAACACUGUUAUCAACCGCCAGCUGAAGCCCAAAGAGCAGCACACGUCAGACUUCGGUCAAAGACAUCAACAAAAUCCAGAAACAACACUAGAAAUGACCAAACCCCCUCGACUGAUCGAAACCAUACUUUGGAAAAUCCCUGUUAUACCGAAAACACCCAUUUCACAGACAGUCCCACCUACACAGACGCUCCCCAGCAGUACCCCCCUUCAGUUUGAGGCAGCAGCUGAGACGACCACUGUGCCCGUCACAACGGCCACCACUGAAGCCCCCGACCCGGACGCUGUGACCUGCAGUGGGAGGCCUUUUGACUCCUUCAUGCAACUAAAAAAUGGCUCCAUAUUCGCCUUCAGAGGGGAUUACUUUUUUGAACUGGACAAGAUGUCCGUGCUUCCUGGUUAUCCAAAGCUCAUAAAGGACGUGUGGGGCAUCAGCGGGCCUAUUGAUGCUGCCUUCACCCGCGUCAACUGUCAAGGGAAGACUUACAUCUUCAAGGGAAACAAGUACUGGAGGUUUGAUAACGGUGUGCUGGAUGACGACUAUCCUCGAGAUAUCAGCGUGGGCUUUGACAAAAUUCCUGAUCAUGUGGACGCAGCGUUUGCUCUGCCGGCUCCCGGUCACAAUGGAAAGGAGAAGGUCUAUUUUUUCAAAGGGGAUCAGUACCACAUGUACGAGUUUCUGCACCAGCCGUCACACGAGGAGUGUAUCACCAUGUCGGAGAGUUCUCCGUCCACAAUGUUCAGACGCUACACAGACGUGUACUACAACAACUAUGAACGUGUUCUCAGCGAGCUCUUCACUGGCUUGCCUCAGCAUCACGACAAACACCACUUCAUUGACAAGGACUGGACGGGCCUCAAGGCCCCAGUGAAUGCUGUCAUGGCCGGCAGAAUGUACGUCCCUCCCUUGAGGUCCACAGGACGCCGCAACAACUACCAGUCUGUGCAGCGGUGGAACCAGCAGCACCAGCAGUAUGGACAGCAGCACCAGCAGUAUGGACAGCAGCAACAGCAGUAUGGACAGCAGCAACAGCAGUAUGGACAGCAGCAACAGCAGUAUGGACAGCAGCAACAGCAGUAUGGACAGCAAUGGGGUCGCAGGAGGCAAAGCCGUUCACCUUUCUGGGAGUCCAUGGCUGAGCGGGGGAUGAACAUGGGCCAGGACUUUGCAGACAGGGGGAUGGACAUGGGUCUGAGGUUGGCAGAGAGCAGGAUGGAGAUGGAGGAGAGGCUCCGACGAGACUGGGACAGAAUGUGGGAUCAAGACUUGGACCAGAACAGACGGAGAGACGGAACCCGCCAGAACAACAGAGGCAACUAUGACUCCAGAAACGACAGGUCGUACUGGGAGUCCAUCCAGGGGAGUCUGCCCAUACAGAGCGUCUACUUCUUCAGAGGAGAAACAUACUACAGAGUCGAUCUCAAGACCAAGAGAGUUGACUCAGCCUCGCCUCCAUACCCCAGAUCCAUCGCCAAGUACUGGCUCGGCUGUUCAGACACCACCGGGGCAGAGAAGUAGUUUCAAAUAAUUUAGUUAUUUUAAUAUAAUCAUCUGGACUACACAUGGUAUAUAACGGCACAUUCAGUUUACCUGCAACAGGCCGUGCUGGCUUCUUGAAAGUGUGACACAAGAGCAGCACAAAACUAACUGCUCGUCCACUUUAGCAAAUAUUGGAGAUCAAUGAGUCAAAACAUGACCAAAGUUCACCUGGUGGAUUCAGGUCAUCUCAUCUGUUCCUAACAUUAGCUGACCUACCUAAUUAAACACAACUAUAAGGACAAUAAGCUCAAUUUAGAAAGCCAGAAGAGUUUGCAAAGUGAAUUUUAGGCUACAUUUUGAAAAUAUACUGUAUUAUUGUUAUUAAUAAUAAUAAUCAUAUAUAAUAAUAAUAAUAAUUCAAAUCAUUUGCAACAGUUUCCCAGCUUCUCAUUUCUUAGUUUGCUACAUUACAUUCAUUCAGAGACCCACACAGACAGUGAUGUUUUCUUAAAUCAUGUAUUACAAAUUAAAAAAUGUUUAUUUUCCACUUAUUAAUCAAAAGCAUAUAUACAGUGAAUAACAAAAUAUAACACAAGGCUUUCAUCCACUAAGAGGUUGUACAGAUAUCCUCUUGAGUAAUGAAAAGAAAAAGCCCUAAAUUGCAGAACUGGGGUUUUUACCCAACAGCAGCAUCAAGUCACAUCAGAGGUCAGGUCAGAGGUCAGAGG